GGAGGAAAGAAAGCCCAGUUGGGCCGAUCCCUUACCACAGGCGGGAGCCUCAGGGAGGAAAAACGGGAGGGCUGAGAACUAGACGGCUGGGGGUCACGGGUCCCCGCGUUCCGUCCCUGUCAGGAAUCUUGGCAUGGGGCCGGGAAGCGGCAGGGCAUGGAGAGCCGCCCCUCAUUCUAGGGGCUUCUCUAUCCCACCCUCAUUUAGGGAGCUAUCCCGUGGGAGAGAGAAUGGGAGGCCGGGUCCCCUCCAUGGGGAGAAAAGUUCCCGGCCAGCCCAGUCUCCCCUUUCUUUAGCUCCGUUUCCUACCCUCCCCCCCGCCCCCCGCUUCCCAUCUGGAGUUGGGGUCCCGGCGCCUCUCCGAGCGUCGGUAGGGCGGCGGGACCGGGAAGGAGGGAAAGGAGACUGAAGGCCGUGACACCAGUCUCGGUUCCUCCGCCCCCUGCUUCCUCGCCACCGCCGCUCUCCAAAUUGGCGCGGAACCGGCUUCUCCACAGCCUUUUGCCUCCACAACCCCCUCUCCGCGCUCGUCCAGGAUGGGAGGCGGGACGCGGGGGCGCUACCCAAGCCCCACUCCCGGUGUACGGGGGAGAGGGUGGAGGACCCAGAAAAACCCGUUUAAGGAAGAUGUGCCUCCCUACGCGUUCAGGGUGCCAGGAGUGCUUGGUAAAUUUUUGGACACCCGCGUCCCGGCUGUACAUUCAGUUAAGAAAAUGCAGGCGUGUAUCCAAAAUGAAUUACCAUGAGCUAGCUAACAUAGCACAGAAGAUGGCAGGGUCACACGGCCCAGGCCCCCUUCGGAGGGACUGAGCUUUCACCUCCAAAUCAGCACUUGGAGAAUGUGAAUGACAAUGUACUUGACUGCGGCUUUUCCUCUCCCCCCUUCAGAGGUUUUACACACCUGAAAGAAGAGAAUGUCAAGACGAAGUAGCCGUUUACAAGCUAAGCAGCAGCCCCAGCCCAGCCAGACGGAAUCACCCCAAGAAGUCCAGAUAAUCCAGGCCAAGAAGAGGAAGACAACCCAGGAUGUCAAAAAAAGAAGAGAGGAGGUCACCAAGAAACAUCAGUAUGAAAUUAGGAGGUCAGCAGGAAGGCGCUUAUCUUUGGGUGGUUUCUAUGUGCCCGAAUCCUACUACAGCUGCAGAAAUUGUUGGCCACCUGUAUUAUCUGGGGGGAUCAGUCCUUGCAUUAUCAUUGAAACACCUCACAAAGAAAUAGGAACAAGUGAUUUCUCCAGAUUUACAAAUUACAGAUUUAAAAAUCUUUUUAUUAAUCCUUCACCUUUGCCUGAUUUAAGCUGGGGAUGUUCAAAAGAAGUCUGGCUAAACAUGUUAAAAAAGGAGAGCAGAUAUGUUCAUGAAAAACAUUUUGAAGUUCUGCAUUCUGACUUGGAACCACAGAUGAGGUCCAUACUUCUAGACUGGCUUUUAGAGGUAUGUGAAGUAUACACACUUCAUAGGGAAACAUUUUAUCUUGCACAAGACUUUUUUGAUAGAUUUAUGUUGACACAAAAGGAUAUAAAUAAAAAUAUGCUUCAACUCAUUGGAAUUACCUCAUUAUUCAUUGCUUCCAAACUUGAGGAAAUCUACGCUCCUAAACUCCAAGAGUUUGCUUACGUCACUGAUGGUGCUUGCAGUGAAGAGGAUAUCUUAAGGAUGGAACUCAUUAUAUUAAAGGCUUUAAAAUGGGAACUUUGUCCUGUAACAAUCGUCUCCUGGCUAAAUCUCUUUCUCCAAGUUGAUGCUCUUAAAGAUGCUCCUAAAGUUCUUCUACCUCAGUAUUCUCAGGAAACAUUCAUUCAAAUAGCUCAGCUUUUAGAUCUGUGUAUUCUAGCCAUUGAUUCAUUAGAGUUCCAGUACAGAAUACUGACUGCUGCUGCCUUGUGCCAUUUUACCUCCAUUGAAGUGGUUAAGAAAGCCUCAGGAAGAAGUAAAUUACAUAAACACCUUCAGAAAAGGGGGACAGUUGUCACCAGUGUGCAAUGGAGGCAUCAUGACACCACCGAAGAGCACCGAAAAACCACCAGGAAAACACUAAAGAUAACUAAGCAAACAAGUUGGAAUUCACCAAGUAUUGGGUAGAACUGGUAUCACUGAACUACUAAAGUUUUACAGGAAAAUAGUGCUGUGAUUGAUUGUCCUAGCCAAUUCAUAAGUUACACUGCCAUUCUUUGAUUUUAAAUCUUACAAUUGGCACUAAAGAAUCCAUUUAAUUAUUUCCUAUGUUAGCUGUUAAAGAAACAGCAGGACUUGUUUACAAAGAUGUGUUCAUUCCCAAGGUUACUGGAUAGAAGCCAACCACAGUCUAUACCAUAGCAAUGUUUUUCCUUUAAUCCAGUGUUACUAUGUUUAUCUUGAUAAACUAGGAAUUUUAUCAUUGGAGUUUUCGACUGGGUAAGUGCUACCUUAAAGGAUAUAUACUAAGUGAUAUAGUACUUUGAAUCUAGUUAGAUUCUCAAAAUUCCUAUACUCUUGACUAGUGCAAUUUGGUUCUUGAAAAUUAAACUUGUUUACAAAAGUUUAGUUUUGUAAUAAGGUGACUAAUUUAUCUAUAGCUGCUAUAGCAAGCUAUUAUAAAACUUGAAUUUCUACAAAUGGUGAAAUUUAAUGUUUUUUAAACUAGUUUAUUUGCCUUGCCAUAACACAUUUUUUAACUAAUAAGGCUUAGAUGAACAUGGUGUUCAACCUGUGCUCUAAACAGUGGGAGUACCAAAGAAAUUAUAAACAAGAUAAAUGCUGUGGCUCCUUCCUAACUGGGGCUUUAUUGACAUGUAGGUUGCUUGGUAAUAACCUUUUGUAUAUCACAAUUUGGGUGAAAAACUUAAGUACCCUUUCAAACUAUUUAUAUGAGGAAGUCACUUUAUUACUCUAAGAUACCCCUAAGGAAUUUUUUUUUUUUUUAAUUUAGUGUGACUAAGGCUUUAUUUAUGUUUGUAAAAUUGUUAAGGUCCUUUCUAAAUUCCUCCAUUGUGAGAUAAGGACAGUGUCAAAGUGAUAAAGCUGAACACUUGACCUAAACUUCUAUUUUCUUAAGGAAGAGUAUCAAAUAUAUACUGACUCCUAGAAAUCUAUUUAUUAAAAAAAGACACAAAAACUUGCUGUACAUAGGCUAGCUAUUUCUAAAUAUUUUAAAUUAGCUUUAAAAAAAAAAAAAAAAUUCCAGCAUCAUAAAGUAGAUUUAAUUAGAAAACUAGAUUGCUAGUUUGUUGUCAGAUAUGUGAAUCUCUUCUCCCUUUGAAGAAAUUAUAAAUUUAAGCUAUUGUUAUGGUAUGAAGUCUUCUGUAUAGUUUGUUUUUAAACUAAUAUUUGUUUCAGUAUUUUGUCUGAAAAGAAAACACCACUAAUUGUGUACAUAUGUAUUAUAUAAACUUAACCUUUUAAUACUGUUUAUUUUUAGCUCAUUGUUUAAAAAAUAAAAGUUAAAAAAAUUUAACUGCUUAAAAGUAAAGUUUUGCCAUUGCUUGGAGAAACUUUUUUUUCCUUCUCUGCGCUGCCAGCUGUAACACUUCUUCUGGAUUGCUUGCAUUCAACUCUGUCUGGCCGAUGGCUUUGAUCUUCCAAAACAGAAAAGUGAUGUUAUUAGAGAUGUGUCAAAAAUUAAGUUUUGUUGGUACAAGUAAUAUAAAGCUAUCCACAUGCUAACAAUGAUAAAGUUUAAUGAUUAACUGAACCUCUAAUUGUAAAACCGAA